AUGCAGGCCGGCCGCUUGCGCAUCGAGGGCGAGUCUGUCGACAACUCCAAGGAUGACGGCGAUGCAAACAAAGGCCCUGAUGAGGUCUUUGAUGGUGCCGGCAACAAGAUCGAAGUCAAGAAGAGCGACGGCAAGAAGAAGCAGACGAUGACCGAUGAGGAGAUCUGGGAGCUCGAGGACUCAGCC